GGGGGCACCCUGCUACCCGCUCCCCCCGCCGCGGUUUGGAUGGGGUUUGAUUGCUUUCCGUGGUGAGGCAGGGGAGGAGGAGGAGGAGGAGAAGGAAGAGGAAGGCUCCAUCCCUCCUACCCUCCCAGGUCCCCCCCAGGCAAAAAAGCUCCCGUCCCCCCCAGGUCAGGCUCCGUGUUUUCGGGCAGGGCAGCAGCGAUGGCCCCGCUCAGCCUGUCCCAGCUGCUGGACGUCGCCAUCGGGACGCCCGAGGUCGGGGCCGUCAACUUCACAGCGCUGCACAGCCUGCUGCAGGCCAUGCUUGGGCAUCUGGGCCUGCAGGACCUGCCAGCCCAGGAGCCGGGGCACAGCCUGACCCCCCUCCUGGGAGGGGACCAGCCUGCCAAAGCACACCCCGGCCUGGAGAGGAAGGGAGACAGAACCGAGGCCUGGGACCAGGGCACGGGACAGCAGCCCCAGGAGCUGGGGGAGCGGCUGCCCGGGAAGGAGCCGCUGCAGGGGACCACGAGCAGCCCCCAGGUCGCCUCCGUGGCUGCCGACGUGGGGCAGAUGAAGAAGAAGAUUGAAGCGAACGAGAGUGGCAUCUCCAAGGCCAUGGCUCUCUCCCAGGAUCUCCUUGAGGAGAUCGGCGGGAUGAAGGAGGCGCAGUCCCGCAUGGGAGAGGACAUCCGGACGCUCCAGGAGACGCUUGGCUUGGGGAACCUCCAGGAUGCUGCCGGCCAGCUGCCGGGUCUCCAUGACCAGACCACGUUGGACAGUGACAUGAAAAAACUGAAGGAAAGGCUGAGCCUCUACCCAGCCCCGGAGGAGGUGAGCAACAUGGAGGGCAGUGGGGGCCAGUCUGCCCCUGCCGAGCCCCACACUUCUGACUUGGACACCCCGCAUGGGGGAAGCUCAGCACCAGGGCUGAAGGCACCAGGGACACAGCCUGUGCUCAGGACCAGCAAGGGGACUUCAGGGACACAGCCCAGCUCCCAGGGGAUGCACACAGGGAUGCAGAGAGCACCAGUGACCCCUGAGAAGUGGGAAGGAACUCCCUCAGAUCGGACAAGGACUUCUGAUACCAACGCCACCAUCCUGGGGACACAGCCAGGGUCCCCCGGCACCAAGACCACUACCCCAGGGAUGCAGCCAGGGUCCCCCGGCACCCAGACCACCAUCCCGGGGAUGCAGCCAGGGUCCCCCAGCACCCAGACCACCACCCCAGGGACGCAGCCAGGGACUCCCGGCACCCAGACCACCAUCCCAGGGACACAGCCAGGGUCCCCCGGCACCCAGACCACCACCCUAGGGACGCAGCCAGGGUCCCCCGGCACCCAGACCACCACCCUAGGGACGCAGCCAGGGUCCCCCGGCACCCAGACCACCACCCCAGGGACACAGCCAGGGUCCCCCAGCACGCAGACCACCAUCCCGGGGAUGCAGCCAGGGUCCCCCAGCAUCCAGACCACCACCCCAGGGACACAGCCAGGGUCCCCCGGCACCAAGACCACAACCCCAGGGACACAGCCAGGGACUCCCAGCACCCAGACCACCAUCCCGGGGACACAGCCAGGGACUCCCAGCACCCAGACCACCAUCCCGGGCAUGCAGCCAGCACCUCCAGGGACCCAAGGAGGAGGAGCAGGGGUUCAGCCAAGCCCCCCUCGCAUGGAGCCCAGCCUUUCUGGCACUGAGAAAGUCCCUACUGAAGCCCCCCCCGGUGCUCUGGGGACACAGAUGGAUGCCACAAGCCCCAAGGAGGGAGACAAGGCUUUGCCCACCACACAGCUUGCCCAGGCAGGCCACCCGGCAGCGGGGACCCUCUCACUGACAGCCCAGGGGUUCGAGAUCCCCCUUGAUGCCUAUCCCAGGGCCAUGUCCCCUUCACAAGAGCCAGCUGUGCCCUGGGGGUCCUCAGGCUCCAGCAGUGCCUCCAGCCGCUACGUGGAGACGGUGGAGGCUCUCCGCCAGAUCGGGCAGCUCAGCCACCUCUACACAGCCCUGAAGGAGCAGGUGGCCCAGCUGGAAGCCACCAAGUCAGACCAUGCCGAGCUUGAGAAGCUGCGCCUGCUCUUCCCGGAGGGAGACCAGGAGAGCAUUGCCAGCAUCCUGGCAGACCUCCGGGGCCAGGUGUCCUCCCUGCAGGGCCUGGCCAGCGACCUGCAGGGUGAGAAAGGGAAGGUCAGGCAGCUGGAGGAUGCCCUUGGAAAGCUGGGGGUGGCUGGAGCUGACUGGAAAGUGGAUGGCAGCGACCAGAUUACCCUGCAACCGGGGUCCACGCUGCAGGAGAUAAAGCAGGAGCUGAAGGAGCUGGGAGAGCAACAGGAGAUGACCAAGGCCACGCUGGAGCAGUUGGUGACCAAGACGGCUGACCAGCUGCAGGAGCAGCUGGACGAGCUGAGGGCGAUGGUGGAGGGCACGGGGCAGGAGCAGGAGCAGGCAGAGGCGCAGGCAGCGUGCCCCGUCUGCAGCACGGACAUCAGCGUGCAGGUGGGGCAGCUUCUCCAGCGCUACGAGAAGCUCCAGGAGCUGGUGGACUCCUUCAUGUCGCGGCAGGCAGUGGGCAAGGUGGUGAGGCAGCUGCCGGGAAGGAGCCAGCAGGAUGAGGAGCUGCUGAAGCACAUCCAGGCCACCGUCAUGCAGGUGCAAGGGGACUACGAGAAGCUCAGCUCCGUCACGGGGAACCUCCUGGAUGACCGUCACCAGAAGCAGAAAGAUAUUGAGGCUCUGUUUCUGUCCCUGGAGAGGCUGGAGAAGGAGAAAGCAGACAAGGAGGACCUGGUGCUGGGAAUCGAUGUGAAAGCAGACAAAACCGCCCUGGCCGGCAAAGUCAGUCGCACCCAGUUUGACGCAAGCAUGGAGCGGCUGAAUGAGAUGAUCCAGGAGAUGCUGAGCCGGGUGAUGGGGCAGGAGCAGGGCUGGCACCAGGUCCAGCGACAGCUCAGUGAAGAGAUGGACUCCAAGCUGGACCGCCUGGAGCUGGGGCCUUUCCGGCAGCAGCUGGAGGACCACUGGAAGACCAUCCUGGAGCAGCUCAAGGAGAAGGCGCCGCAGAUGGAGGCUGACGAUGCAGCUGGGAUUAAGAAGCAGCUACUGGCCCAUUUCCACUGCAUGUCCUGCGACCGGCCCCUCAGCAUGCUGGUGCCUGGCCCGCACAUCGUGGCCAUCCCGUCCAUGCCACCGCUGGUCCCCCGCCUUGCCGGGCGUCCCCAUACCAUCCUCGAGCUGGAGCAAGCACAGCAGCACAGUCACAGCACGACGAGAUGGAGCUGUUGGGCCAGGACGGCCACAUCUACAGGGGCCGGCGGGAUGGUCAGCUGCCUGUGCUCAUGGGCAAGGAGGGCUUCCCGAGGGACAAGCCCAAGCUGUCCCCACGGCAGUGGGAUGUCCGGGACACCGGCCGCCUCCUCUCGCGGGCCCAGAGCGCCGGGUCCUCGCUCAGCCAGCCGGGCACCGCCGCCUCGCCGGAGCACAGGCCAGCCUCGUCCCAUGGCCACCUCUCCCAGGCACCGGGGUUUUUCCCGCCCCUGCGGGAUGGAUCCAGCACCCCGGCAGCUGGGUGGGACUGGGGGUCCCUGGCCAAACCCCCACCACCCCAACUACCGAGCGGGCGAGCAAGUGGCUCCGGCCAGCAGCAAUAAAGGGCGAUGGGCAGCCAAGCGCCUGUGCGGCCUGAGUGGGGUGGCCCUGGGUCGGGAUCUUCCCGUCAUGCACAAGGAGGGGUCGGCGGCAUCCCUGAAAACAGCCCCUCUCCACCCUCCUCCCGGGGUCUGCGCCGGCCGCGCUCCCCCUGACACCCUCUGGCCACCACGAGCCCCGUUUGGUGCCAGUGGCCCCUGCCAGGGGAGCUUGUGGCCCCAAAGGGGGUCUGGGGGAGCCGGGUGGUGCAGCAGGAGGAUGAUGAUGCUCAGUUGCUGCUGAAGGCAGUGGGAAAUGGGGACCUCAGUGGGAAGGGUGGCAGCAGGACGUGGCUUAAUGCCAAAAGCGAAUCCCACCCCAAGCCUGCUGGUUUGAUAUCGCUUAUCCCGAGGGAUGAGAAUCACUGGACUGGUUUCCUUAUCUCCUAGUGGAGGAACCUCCUUUGUCACCCCCUUGUCCCUCUUCCAACGCUGCCAUGGAUGGAAAGAGGAAGGCACCGACCCCAGUGCUGCCCAGCUCGGGGCAGCUGAUGCUUCCCACCUCUGGAGCAAAGCACCAUAACCCCUUCUCUGCCCCCAACCUUGGGAGAACACAGCCCCUCCUUUCCCAUAUCCACCCCCAUGGCUUGGGGCUGCUUUUCCCCAGCCCCCUUCUGUCACCCUUCCCCUCAGAUGGGUGAAUGCCCCACGGCGUGCUGAGACCUAGCACAAAUUGUGUCACAAGUGGAGAGGCACCAGGCAGGGAAACCGCAGCCACUGGAAGCAUCCAGGGGAGCACCCCUCACCCCCAUCGUGGUGUGUCCCUGGGGGCUGUCCUGUGGAAAUCCUGCUCUCCUGGUGGAUCUUCUCUUCAAACUGGGAGGGGGGGGGGCAAACCUCCCCCUCACAGUGGCAGACCCCAUCCCCACCCACCCUGCUCCUGUCCCCAGGCACCUUAGUCCUGAGGGAGCCACCCCCACGGGGAUGUUUUCCCUGGUGGGCUCAUUUUUUCAGGGGAAAAGUGGGUGCUAAAGACCCACUUUGGGGGUGCCCAGGUGGAUCCAGCUGGAUCUGAGCUUCCCCCCAGUGCCACCUCUAGUGGGAUAACUGGGAGCACUCAGAGCAAACCAGUGGACACCAGCUAGAGUAGAGCCAGUGAAGUACCAUCCUGCACCCAUGGGGGGGUCAGGUGUCAAUGGGCUUAAAAACACCCCCACCCCAGGACUAACUGCAUUUGCAGGAUACAGCCCAGCUGGGGCUGACCCCUUUGGUGCAAGCAAAGGUGUUCUGUUCUGCUUCCCCCCCCCAGCUCAGCCCCUCUCCCACCCCCUGCUCCGUUUGCUGCUGCUGGGACCCAGCUGCACCCUAUAAAGACCACCCCCCCGCCCCUAUAAACACAAGCACCCAGCCCCAUAUCCCUCCUUGGGUGCUGCCUGUGCUGCUGGAGUGGGUGAGUAACCCCAGCUGGGGGCUUUUAUCCUUGGAGAUUGUGCUGUGCUGGGGGGGAGGGGUGUCUCCAUCCUUGGGGGGGUCUCCCUGUCCCCUGGGGGACGCUUGGCGCCUGUGCCUUGAACCUCCUGGCCCUUGCUGGUAUCUCCAGAGCUGCUGCAUUCCCAUUUUGGGGGGGCGUUUACCCCAGUUGUUUGUUGUGUGAGCGGUGUGGCAACGGGGGCUGUGUUUUUAUUCAAUUUUAAAUGUAGUUUGGAUAUCUAAGCACUAAACCAGGGACUGGUGUGUUGUUUGAAGUUAUCAGAAGGGCGGUGGCACAGCGAGGGGCUUGGGAGGUCAGGGUCCGGGGUUGAGCAGUGCCAGGGCUUUGCCCAUCCUACAGCCAUCCCACGAGUCAGGGGCUGGCAAGCCCCCAAGUCCUCGGGCUAGUAGCCCAUCUGCAGUGGGGGACACUCAAGAAGGCAUCAACCCCAGCACAGGGUUUGCCUAAAAGCCUGGCAGCCCUUGAGUAUCGCAGGCAGGACUGGGUGUCCCUCCAGUGCUGAGGCCUGGGAGGCUCAUUGCAUAUGUGGGUGAUGGGGCUGGCCGGGGGGACGGGCUGCUGGGGGGGGGGGGCUUGUAAACCACAGUAUUUUGUGAGGGUGUAGGAUGCGGUUUUGGCUGCACCCUGGUGCAUGGGGGUCCUAGCUGUGCUGGCAUGGCCCCCCCCCCCCAGCUCCGGGGUCUCCCCUUCCCUCUGCCCCCCUCUUUGGGGACGGUGGCUUCUGCAGGCAGAGUCCAGGCAGCACAUGGGACUCAGUUGAGCUUCCUGGGGCUGCUGACAGCUCCUGGGGGGAACUUGUCCCCAGUGCUGUUGCUGUGGCAUGGGGGGGCUCGCCCCCAUUCUCGGUGCCCUGCCAGGGAUGUUCUCCCAGCAAAGA